UCACUUUCUCUCUCUUCUGCAACCCAAAAAGGAGCAGUGUCUCUCUCUCUGUCUCUCUAAAAAGCAGCCACUUUCUCUCUCUAAAGCUUUUCGCUCACUCUUUCUUUCUCUCCAAGCGCCAGAAGCGUGGUUCUAGAUUGAGUCAGUUCCUGGUUUUCUGUGAUUUUACUCGGAAGGUCCUUCGGUCAUGGCCAUGAAAACUUGAGGAACUGCUUUUGGGGUGAGAGAAUGUGGAGCAAGAGGUGAGGUUUUAUGAUUAGAAGUUUAAUUGUGGUGUCAAUUUUUUAGCAUGGGGGCUGCUUGUUGUGUGGCUGUUAAGGAGAAGACUAUAACAAAUGGGUCGACUAGUGAAAUUUUGAAUCGGGACAUUCGAUGUUCCCCAACAUGGAGCUUUCGAUGGGAUCAUAGAGGACGGGUUGCUGGAGAAGAGACUUAAAUGAGUUGGUUUUCUGAUGGGGUCAGCAGGAAUGAUGGAUCUGAAUCUAAAUUUGAAUCAGCAUAUGUUUCAGAGGAAGGAAGUCCAUUACAACAUUCUCGAAGGCGUACAUCCCAGAAGUCCUCAUUUUCAGAGGGAGCUGCUGGGCAUUCAAGAACUCCUGCCUCAGAUAAACCUAUUAGAAGGAAUGCUUCAAUGGAUGCAAGUCUAGAACAGCCAAAGGAGUUAACUGAAUCUCCUACAGUCUCGUAUCCAUCUCCUGCAAAGUUAUCAGUUUCAUUACCAUCUACUUCAUCCUUUGCUGCAUCCCCUUUGUCAUCCCAAGGACAAGUUCUUCCAGCCAACUCAACCCCUUCGAGGUGGCCUCGGCAUUCUCCUGGACAUCAGUUGUCAAGGCAAGAAUCUGACACACAAAUGCCAGGAUUCAAAUCACCAAAUAGCUAUUCUGUUUCUGAAGAAAGGGCAGCUCUUCCCUCUUGGAGAAAUGAAUCAACUAGGGGCUCCCGAGGAGGGUCUUCAGAUGGUUGGUCCAUGAAUGCAUUUUCUGAGCUCAUGGGAGGGGCAGUGGUUGUAUCUGUCAAAAAUCUUGUUGGAUUUGUGCUGAUCAAUGCGGAUGGUAGCUGGUCGUGUGAGACCAAAAACAAAACAGAACAUGUUCCUAGCCCAGAUGGGGAUUUUACUGGGUGUUGGGUAAGCGGGGUCUUGGAUCCAGAAGGCAGUGCAUCUGGAGAUGUUGUUACAUCAGUUAAAAGUCUACUUAGUUUUGUUUCCUCAACUGAAAUAUAUGAGUACUGCCCUGUUUUUGUUUCUCAGGCAAGUAAAAAAGCCUUGGAUCCAGUUGCUCCAGUUUAUAAGUACUGCCUUGUAUCAGUAUCUAACAUAUUAACUUCAACGUGCCAAAAUGAGCUUAAAAGUCAUCCUGCUUUCUCUGAAUUGUUAGCCCAAUAUUCACAAAGCGGUUAUAGGUAUGUCUCUGUGCACAAGUUCUCUGUUUUGUAUGCUUGA